AUGGCUCCGACUCGUUUUACCCUUCGCUUUGACCCCGAAGCGACGUAUUUCCUUGUUGGAUGUCUCGGGGGCCUUGGUCGUUCCUUGACGUCUUGGAUGAUGGAUAACGGAGCUCGGCGCUUUAUUUUCUUAUCCCGGUCAGGCACGGACUCUAAGAAUGCAGGACUGUUGGUCAAAGAGAUUGAAGCAAAGGGGGCAAUUGUCCAAGUGGUGCGCGGUGAUGCCAGCUCCAGGGAAGAUGUUGAGAAUGCCGUUAAAAGUGUCUCGGCCAGUUAUCCUAUUAAAGGAGUUGUGCAGGCAGCUGCAAGUUUUCAGGAUGCAAUGUUUAGCUCGAUGACUUAUGAGCAAUGGGUUAAUUCUAUCAGGCCGAAGGUAAUUGGGACGAAAAAUCUGCAUGAGGUUCUGGCAGGUGUCCCUCUAAACUUUUUUGUCAUGACAAGCUCAACUUCAGGCACCCUCGGCACACCUGGACAAGCCAAUUAUGCUGCUGCGAAUAGUUUCUUGGACGCCCUCGCUCGCCAUCGCGUAUCCAGUAACCAAAAUGCCUGUAGCUUAAUUCUUCCGAUGGUGUUAGGUGUUGGAUACGUCGCAGAGCACCCAGAGAUCGAAGAAGGCCUUAGACGCAAAGGUAUCUAUGGCAUCGACGAAGAGCAUAUGUUACAAUCAUUUGAGGCGGGAAUUUCGCCCAGGGAUAACAAUAAUCAAACAGACCAUAUCGUUAUAGGCAUGGACCCGGCUGAAUUGCAAAAGUCACUCCAGAGUGCGGACACGACGGAUGCCUUUUGGCUGCGAGACGCGCGGUUUAAGUGUCUUCUCCAAGCCAUCCAAUCCACCGACUCAGAAACCCACGCACCUAAACAGUCAAUACUUAGCACAAUCAAGGUAGCAAACUCACCAGCGGAGGCUAUUGAAGUUGCAGCGGAAUAUUUCACCGACAAAUUGGUCCGACUUCUCCACCUCGACCGGCAGGAAAUCGAACCAAACACGAAGUCAAUCGCUGCCUACGGGCUGGACAGCAUGAUUGGAGUGGAGCUUCGUAACUGGAUCUUCAAAGAAUUUGAACUUGAUAUCGCAUUCCAGAAGCUGCUUGCACCAAGCCUGACGAUCAAGAAGUUUGCAGCCCAGGUUUGUGGUGUCGAGGUUGAGUGA